AUGCAUUGCUCGGCCAGCGUGCCGCAGCGGCUGGCGGGCGUGUUCCGGCCUCCGGAGGACUGCGCCGUGUGCCGCGGCCUGCGCCAGAUCGACAGAGUCGCCAACACCUCGUGGGCGGCGCUGCGGCAGAGGUACACGUCUCCCGGCCGGCCCGUGGUGGUGACCGACGCGACGCGCAACUGGACGGCGCAGCAAGUGUUCAGCUUCCGCUUCCUGGAGACGGUGCACGCGCAGUUCCCGCCGCCGGCCGACUGCCAGGCGCCCGCCGCCCCCGCCGCCCCCGCAGCAACCCCCGCCGCCAUCGGCGAGGACGACUUCAACGCCAGCUCGCGGCCGGGACUCGAGCCCUGGCACAUCAGCUGGUGA